AUGCGCGAAUUCAAAGUGGUCGUGCUGGGCUCGGGUGGGGUCGGAAAGAGUGCUUUGACUGUACAAUUUGUGACUGGAUGUUUUAUGGAGAAAUAUGACCCCACAAUAGAGGACUUCUACAGAAAAGAAAUAGAGGUAGACAAUUCACCAUGUGUUUUAGAAAUAUUGGAUACUGCCGGGACCGAGCAGUUUGCAUCCAUGAGGGACCUUUACAUAAAAAACGGCCAAGGCUUCGUCGUAGUAUAUUCUUUAACGAAUCACCAAACGUUUCAAGAUAUCAAACCAAUGAAGGAAUUAAUCACACGCGUCAAGGGUUCUGAGCGCGUGCCCAUUCUGUUGGUGGGUAACAAGGCGGAUUUGGAGCACCAACGCGAGGUGUCACAAGCAGAAGGUGCGGCGCUCGCGCAGAUGUGGGGCUGCCCUUUUGUGGAAGCCUCUGCCAAAAGUCGUACCAACGUCAAUGAAAUGUUCGCUGAAAUCGUGCGUGAAAUGAACACUGCAAGGGCGCGGCGGGAGUGUGCCCGUCCGGCCCUACGGCCGGCCUCCAGCGGGGAGCGCGGCGGCCCGCCCCCGGCCGCUGGACCCUCGGCGGUCGUGGUGCGCGUCAUAUCACGUUGUUAA